AUGAAAACGCUUUUGGAGCAACACAACAGGACGAGACUAAAGGUGUCGCCAGAACAAAGCCUUGAGAACACGGUGGUAGACUGGAAGAACCAAAAUAAAGAAGUGUUCCUCUAUGACAGAGGCUGGCACUAUGGGAACGGGCUGCACGGUCAAGAUGAGCAGUACAUGGGGCGAGCAUCGCUUUUCUACGACGGGCUGAAGAACGGAAAUGCAUCCUUGAUCCUCAACAACACACGGAUUGAAGACACGGGGACUUACACCUGCAUACUUCCACAUUUGAGUUCUGGCUACCAAAGGUCCACAGUGGAGCUCAUCGUCUGUGUCUCCAGAACGUACAUCAAGGAGGGGGAAGACGUCGUCCUUCACUGUUCUUCUGUAGACAAUCAAAGUCUCAAAGACUCACUGAUAAGUUGGAAGAACAUAAAUGGUAAAGACUUGUUCCUCUAUGAGCUUGGACAUCACACUGAGGACGGCUGGUGCUGUCAGGAUGAGCAGUACAGAGGAUGAGUGUCACUUUUAUACGACCAGCUGAAGAACGGAAAUGCAUCCAUGAUCCUCAGAGACACGAGGAUUGAAGACACUGGGAUUUACACCUGUGACCUUCCAGGUUUGAGUUCUGGAAGGCAAAUAUUCGCGAUGGAGCUCAUCGUCGAACGGGUCCUCAGAAACAGAAUUGGACUUGAAAAAGGAGCCGUUCAGGCGCCAGUCCUCAAGAUUGUUGUUGUGUCAGAGGCCGGCGUGGAGCUCCAGUGUGUGGUCAGAGGUUCUUCAUCAAAGCCGAGUGUAGAGUGGCAGACGUGUGAAGGAACCUCUCUUAAUUCAGAGGAGCCACUGGUCUCUGAGACACGAGGCCGUUACGACACCACGCUCCUCAUCACUGUGACGGAGACGAAGACCAACUGCUUCCGCUGCGUGGUCAAACAGGAGGACAUUUACCACAGUAUUGACACUAACAUCAUUGUGUCAGAGAAACUCUUUGAGAAAAAGUGCUCCCACAGCACAGUUGUUCUCGUAGGCGUUGCCGGAUUUGUCAUAGGUGUGUUAAAUCUAGUUCUGUAUCUGAUGAUCAAAAAACUCAGAAGUCAACGCCAAAACGGUAACCAACGAGAGAACAGGGAUGAUUCAGUGAAGGUGAACGAGAUGGAGAUGGGGCACAUGAACUCAGAUCAAAACAUUGGAAACGGAAGCACUGACACCAAGAACAUGAGGAAUGGAACACGCAUCCUCCAGGAGAUAGCGAGCACAGACACCAACUGUAUCGGACCGACGCUCCGCCUUCUAAGGCUAAAGGCUAAGGCUCUAAAGCUAAAAACUAACUACCAGCAAGAUGCCUCCCUUCUCUGCAGAUGA